AUGAUUAGUUUAAUACGGUGGAGGAAGAAGGAGAAGGAGAAGAAGAAGAAGGAGAUGAAGAAGAAGAAGGAGAUGAAGAAGAAGAAAGAGAUGAAGAAGAAGAAGGAGAUGAAGGAGGAGAAGGAGAAGAAGGAGAUGAAGAAGGAGAAGGAGAAGAAGAAGAAGGAGAAGAAGAAGGAGAAGAAGGAGAAGAAGAAGGAGAUGAAGAAGAAGAAGGAGAAGAAGAAGAAGGAGAAUAAGAAGGAGAAGAAGAAGAAGGAGAAGAAGAAGAAAUAG